AUGGAUCUAUUCAAUAAAUUACGUACAAGUUUUCGACGAAAAUCAAAUAAAAUUGAAUUAACAUUAUCUCAACAAAUUGAAAAAUUAUUUAAUGAAUCAAAUAGAUUAGUAAUUAAUGAUCAUCGUUUACAAUUACUUCGUCUAGUAUAUGAAUAUCGAUUACGAGAAUUUAAUGCAUUGAAUAUUUCAUUCAAUGAUUUAAAACGUAUUGAAUUUGAACAAUCAAUAUUAAAAAGUCUACUUGCAAUUACAUCAAAUUUACCAGCUAAAUCACAAUUAACUUUUCAACGAUCAUCACAUUUUUAUAGAACAAUGCCAAUAGCGCGACCUCUAUAA